AUGGGUGACAACUUGGAUGCGUUUCUGGAAGAUAUCCUUUCCUUGCCUCGAUGGGUCAAGCGCUCUCUUGCGUUGCUACGUGAGCUUGACGCGAAGUGCGAAGAAUACAGCGAAGAUGCGCAGCGGCGGAGGAGCCGGUAUCUGGCGAUGGCCAGAGCAAAGCUGCAGUCAUACAGUGGCCAGCAGGUGCCCGAGGCUCUCUAUAAUGACCCGGAACUUGAGGCGGAGGCGGGAGCCGCUGGCAACAGCAGUCGUGAGGCUCAUGCUCUAAUGAAAGAAAAGGUGGUGGUGCUGAAUCAGCUCCUCCGGGUUCUUCGUGGGGAAACGGAGGGCUUCAAGGUAUCUCUGGCCAAGUUGGCGAAAGAGGUUGGCGGAGAGGAGAUGACUCGCGUCGCGAGGCGGAAGUCAGACGACACUUUGGGCCCCUGUGCGGAUCGCCCGGAAGAUUUGGCUCAUCGCAUAGGGCCCCUUGCGGCACCGGUCCAUGGGACGCUUGUUACUCGACGAACCUCUCUUCGAGGUCGAUUGGGGCUGUCUUCUGCGCCUACAAGUGGAUCCGUUUGCUGCAAAGACGACUCUGGUCUUCUUGGACCUCCAGAAGUCCCUUCAGAUGCAGUUUAUGCCUUUUCCGCGGGCGGGGCCCCCCCUUCAUCGGUCGCGGGCACCAGCCGCAGCCGCCCCAUCAAGAAGAAGGCAGCACGGAGCAACAGCGCUGCAGCAUCCGGCUUGGAUGCAAACAGCGCCAUCAAGCGGCCUCACCCCCCUUCGGCAGGGGGGCCGGCGGCGAAGAAGCACCAAGCAAGCGAAGCGUCUCCGUAUGCUGGUGUGUCUGAGGACUGCAGGUCGCAGAUGCCGUGUGCGGGGGAGGAGCGCAUUGGGGAUGGUGGUUUCGUGGGAAUUUCUACGAGCUCCCCAUGUGGUUCCAGCACAGUAUCAACCCAGCAAGGGCUUCCUGGUGGCCGUGCGAAGCGCUUCAAGCAGCCUCCCAAUACGACUCUCCCCGCCACGCAGCCUGCGGAUUCUCUGAUGGGGUCGCUGUCGACUCCCGAGGUGUAUGGGGAUCAGAUGGCGGUAGGGCGAUCUGUGAGGGGCAGUGGGAACCGCAUGCACAAGAAAGGCAGAGACUCGCUUUCCGUCGUGCCGCUGGGUGCGCUGAAUGAUGCUGUACCGGGGCAGACGCUCAGCGCGGUGCAGUUUGAGCAGCCAGGAUUAGAAGCGCUUGACCGUGACACCACCAGUAGCGUUGGACAGCCGCCGGGAGUACUAGUUAGUCUCCAGCAGGGUCUGCCGCACCAGCAGCACCAGUUGCUCAUCGCGAAAACCAAGUCACCUGCAGAACGGGGACCUACCCAUAAAUCCACCCCACGCUCUCCAACAGGGCGCCCAGGUCUAGCGCGGACGGGCCUAGGUUGA